AUGUCGACUACCGAACUUGAGUCGAAUAUACCAGUGGGCUGCGACCCGUUUUUCCGGGAGUCGCUGUGUAUUGCAUCCAAAUCAGAGGUCCUGCGGCCUACGGAUCCAGGGUUUAGAGAUGAAGUGUCACACGCGCUGGGAUCGGCGGACAGCUGGAUGCUGGAAAAGACGGUGCAGCUUAAGCAUCGGCUACGCGGCGUCACCACAUUUGAUUUUUGGCAGCUGUUGAUGGAAGGGAUAACCGAGAUCACCGGUUCGCAGUAUGGUUUCGUUGCGAAACGUGUCCUCUACGACGAUGAAGAUGCGGCGGUGGAGAUGCCCGCGAUCGGCGAGCCUGGUUCUUGUCUGAUGGGGCUCGCUUUCUAUUUCAACGACCACAAGGGCAACAGUGGUCUCUAUCGGGAUUACAAGUAUCAGGUGUACGGAUGCCCGUGUCAGUGGAUGCGGCACGAUCGGGUACUCCUCAUUCCCGACGGAUUGACGGCUCUCACGCCGGACAACCCCAAUGCACAAGGCUUUCCAAUACCGGCCGAAGGAUACCUAGCAGUACCUCUGUUUCACGAGGGUAAAUGUUAUGCGCAUUUCGGCUGUCUCUGGACCGCCGAUGGCCUAAAGGAGAGGCCGAAGCUGAGCUGGGCCAUGUUGGAGAUGUUCUUGCAUGCGCUGGAGGAUGAGGUCGGCGCACGUGUGCUGGAGGGAUUAGGCCUUGGGGGCAAGGAGACCAAGAGUAGUGUGAUUCCGCAAAAUAUGGUCAGCGGAGGGGUUGCAGUGAAGCAUUCUUUGCGCCCUUACGCCAGACGACUAUCUCACGAAUUGCGGACACCAAUGCAAGGUGUUGUCGGCAUGCUGGAUGUGAUGUAUGCUUCGGUUGUCGAAGCUACACAUCCCGACCGAUGGCGAUGGCCGGAUCUAGCUCACUUGAAGGAGGUUAUUGAGGGCCUGCGAGCGAGUAUUGAGGUCGCCCAAGAUAGUUCCAAACGUGCGGUAGACGCGGCGGACAACAUGGUGCACGCAUACGAUUUCAACAUGGAGGUUCCAUCGACGCCAUCACAGGCAGGGGCCGAACUGCUGGGCUUGGAGGAGCAACAAUCCGGGCCAUUCUGGUUCCCUCACAACAACCUAGACCAAGAUGACGAAUCGUAUCGGCGGGGGAAGCGACGAAGGAGUUCGGCAAAUUCUGGACGAGACACGCCGGAUAAGGUCCCUCGUGUCGAGCGGCAGGAUAACCUAGGCUCCAUGGCCAUGGAAACCGGUUCUCAGGGAUUCGCCAGCACUUCCACAGCCGGCUUGUUGACACCGCAGUACGGGAGCCGCUCAACCGAUGCCGCUCAGGACUAUUUCUCGCCGCAGAUAACGUCCAAUCAGCAUCAGGGCUUCCCGUCAACGCCUGGACUAUCACAUGAUGCCGUAGGCAAGGUGGUGUUGAACUCUCGCUUGUUGAAAUUGAGGGAACUAUUACAUGAAGCUGUGCAUGACUCUCUUAGAACGGGUGGUCGGCCGGACUUUACGAAUGUCCAUGGGACCCCCCAUGGCGAACGUGUCACCGUCGAAGUUCCGGAAGCCCACAGUGGCGAGGAGGAACGGAAACACGUGGAGAUUGAAGUCAUUGUGGAUGACAAUGUGCCGGAAAGCAUGAUUAUCGAUGGCUCCUACCUCACGAAAAUGAUAUCUUCGGUGUUCAAUAAUGCGUUCAAGUUCACCCCGUCGGGUCGGAUCACUCUUAACGCUGCCGUCGACUCUUUUCAUCAAAUCAUCUUUACUAUCGUGGAUACUGGCGAUGGCAUCCCAAGUGACUUCAUUCCGGACUUGUUCAAACCGUUUUCAACCGAAGAUGAGUCUCUCACUCGUCAUCGUGACGGACUCGGCCUUGGCCUCUACGUUGCCCGUGGAAUCGCCCGGAAGAUGGGAGGAGAUUUGUGGCUGGAACGAACCGCAACGGAAGGAGACCACCGAGGCUCCGAGUUUAGGUUACGACUCCCAAUAACCCCCGCGGACGCAUCAGGGAGCACACCGGGCACGCCUAUUCCCAUCCCCACUCCCGGAAUCGACGCCGCCAGUCUAUCUCUUCGCGCCGACUCCGCCGUCCCCACUCCACGCUUUCGUCCUCCCUCGCCACUUGUGCGAUCCGUCGUUGCUCCGCCAUCCGUAGGACGAAAACUCUCUUUCGAUCCCGAUCUGGCAAAAAAGCUUCCGCUCCGCAUUCUGGUCGUCGAAGACAACCGGAUCAACCGUGCACUGCUCUGCAGCAUGCUGAAGCGUCUCGGCUACAGCGACAUCUCGGAAGCCCGCGAUGGCAUCGAAGCCGUCGAAAUCUUCUCCAGUGCAGCAGCCGCAGGCCGCCCGUUCGAUCUGAUCCUAAUGGACCUCUGGAUGCCACGGAUGGACGGAUACGAGGCUGCUGAGCGAAUUCAAAAACUCUACGACGAGCAACGCAGCAAUGGCGGAGAACUCACCGUGCUUGCCGUCUCGGCCGACGCAACCGAGGAGGCUCGCGCCAAGGCCGCGUUGAAAGGGAUUCACGGGUUCGUGGGGAAACCGUUUGGCAUCGCGGAUCUAGGGAAGGCCAUGCUUGAUUUCCGUGGGGAACGGCGGGUGGCGAUGGCCACUACCGCCAUGGUCGCGAAUUAG